GAAAAAAAGGCACAAAAAUGGCCCAAGCAGCUGUUCCUACAGAAAUAUUGAUACAGCUUAAUACUGUGCUCACUAGUCUCUUGUCUCAUGACAAUAACCAAAGAGCUGCAGCUGAAGCACAAUUGAAUGAACAAUGGGUUACUUCACAACCUGAUCUCCUUCUUCUCGGUCUUGCUCAAUUUGUAGCCAACAACACUGAGGCCCAUCUUCGUUCUUAUUGUAGUGUUCUUCUUCGUCGCUUAGCCUAUAGACAAAUCACCAUUGAUAGCAGAGAAGAAAGCCUUUGGAACAUUGUGAACGAAAAUACUCAACAGGGUGUUAAAGAGCUCUUAUUAUUUGCUCUUGCUAAUGAGACCGACCAAGGAGCUAGACAUAAGGUCUCUGACACCAUUGCAGAAAUUGCUCGCUUUGACUUGAGCAAAGGAGAUACUUGGAGUGCUUUAUUAAAGGCAUUGUUUGACUGCACCCAAUCUCCUCAUGCCGCUUAUAGAGAAUCAGCUUUCCGUAUCUUUGCUACGAUACCCGACCUUAUUGCCAAUCAGCACACAGAGACUAUUCAACAAAUAUUUUUAGCCAGUUUGACCGAUACAGAAAACCAGGCCGUUCGCUUAGAGGCCUUGAAAGCCGCAUGUGCUUAUAUUGUUCAAGCUGAUGAUCAAACAAAGAUGACCUUUGUCAACUUGAUGCCUCAUAUGUUGGAGCCUUUGACACCACUUAUUGUAGCUCAUGACGACCAAUCUUUGGUGGACUGCCUUGUAGUAUUGAUUGAAUUAGCUGAUUCUGCUCCCAAGCUUUUCCGUAAUGUCCUUCCUCAGGUUCUUACUGGAAUGAUCUCGAUUGCCAAGGAUAAGUCUUUUGAAGAUCGUACACGUCAAACCACUUUAGAAUUAUUGUUGUCUUUGGCUGAAGCUGCUCCUGCCAUGAUUCGUAAGCUUCCUAACUUUGCUCAAGAAGUUAUUCCUGUUUCUAUGGAAAUGGUCACGGAUAUUGACGAUGAUGAGGACUGGUACACAGCUGAUGAUAUCGAUGAAGAUGAUAAUGAAUCAAACUAUGUUAUGGGUGAAAGCGCAUUGGACAGAGUUGCUCGUAUUCUUGGUGGCAAGGCUGUUGUACCUAUCUCAUUCCAGUACAUCCCUCAAAUGCUUCAAUCAACUGAAUGGCAACAACGACGUGCUGCUCUCAUGACUAUUUCCUCUAUUGGUGAAGGAUGUAUCAAGGUAAUGCAGCCUGAACUUUCAAACAUCAUCACCAUGAUCUUGCCUUCCUUCAAGGAUGUCCACCCUCGUGUACGCUAUGCAGCAUGUAAUGCUAUCGGUCAAAUGUCUACGGAUUUCGCUCCUGUCAUUCAACAAAAUUUCCACCAGAUUGUCGUUUCUGCUCUUUUGCCUCUCAUGGAAGACCCUCAACCUCGUGUUCAGGCACAUGCUGCUGCUGCCAUGGUCAACUUUUGUGAGGAAGCUGACAAGGAAGUUUUGGAACUUUAUCUUGAUGCCAUUUUUGAACGUCUUUUGGUGCUCUUGAAGAUGUCCAAGAGAUAUGUUCAGGAGCAGGCUGUCACUACCAUUGCCACUGUUGCUGAUAGCGCUGAGGAGAGAUUUAUCAAGUAUCAUGGUGCUAUUAUGCCUCUUUUAAUUGAUAUUCUUCGUCAAGCUACUGAUAAGGAAUAUCGCUUAUUGCGUGCCAGAGCUCUUGAAUGUGCAUCUCUCAUUGGUCUUGCUGUGGGCAAGGAGGUCUUUAGUCCAUACACUGUUGAUUUCCUCAACCUUCUUGCAGAGAUCCAGCAAGGCGUCGUUGAUGAUGAUGAUACUAUGACAACUUACCUUUUAGCCGCUUGGGCUCGUAUGUGUAAGAUGAUGGGACAAGACUUCCUUCCUUACCUACCCAACAUCAUGCCACCACUCUUGGCUUCAGCUAAAUUAACACCGGAAUUCACUUUUGUCGAUUUUGAAGAGGAGGAUGUUGAAUCCAAGUAUCCUUCAGAAGAAGGUUGGGAAUUCGUUGGUAUUAAUGGACAGCAGAUUGGUAUCAAGACAUCUGUUUUGGAAGAAAAGAGCACUGCUGUUGAAAUGCUUGUCAGUUACGCUCGUGACUUGGGUGCUGGUUUCUUACCCUAUGUUCGUGAAGUACUUGAAAUUGCCUUGCCUUUAUUGAAAUUUUACUUCCAUGAAGGUGUUCGACAUGCUGCUGCUGCCCUCCUUCCUCUUUUACUUCAAGAUGCCAAGGAAGCCAAUAUUCCUCCUAAUGAAUUGGCCGCCAUGUGGAACACUAUUUUUGAAAAAUUAAUCAAGGUGAUGAAGAUUGAGGAUGAUCUUACAUUCUUGGCACAGGCCUACUCCACUUUCUCAGACUGUCUCAAGGUCCUUGGCAGCAACUGCCUUUUACCUACGCAAGUUGAAGAAUUUGUCAAGGCUACCGAUGAACAAUUGCACAAGUCACUUGAACGUUUGAAGCAGCGCGAAGAAGAUAAGGAUGACGAAUAUGAUGCUGAAGAGUAUGAAGACUUUGAUGAAGACGAAGCAAGUGAAGAGGAUGUGCUUGAAGAGAUCAAGCGUUCUUUGAAGAUUAUCUUCAAGAUGUUAGGUCCUGCUUUUAUGCCCUACUUUGAAACACUCUCUCCUAUAUUCAAUCAAUUCCUGACUCUUCAAGAUUCUUCUGCUCAAAAGUGGGCCAUGAGUGUGUCUGAAGAUGUGAGCAAAUAUACAGGAGCCAACUAAGAUCCCUUUUUUUAAGAAGACUUCAUUUAAUGCAUUCAUCUAAUUAUUUUUAUAUAUUUCUUUAUUUCUCUUUCUUUUCUUCCUUUUUUGUUUAAAUAAAAAAAAAAGAGUACACAUUUCUAUAUCUAUGUUUUUUUUGCUACACAAUUUUUGAAGAACCUUGCUGAGUUUUUUUAUGAUCCUG